AUGUUUUCGCUUUCAAUUCUCCUGAUUUUUCUUCUUUUUUCAAGCGCAUCUUCAGCUCGAAAUGAUACUCUUAUUUUUGAAUAUGAUGUUUUUUGUGGUUAUCCGAAUUCAACAUUAAACAUUGAACUCAAAGAAUAUGAUUAUUUGUGAGAAUAAUAUCGAAGUUGAAAUUCAUAAUCAAUUUUUAAUUCAGAACUCGAAAUGAUCCAUUCCACAACUUUUCAAAACAAUCGAUCAAUUCAAACACAUUUUUCAUACACAGGAUUUCAAGACGGUGA